AACUGUCCUCCGAAACUCGUAAUCUCACAUGUCAGACGAAACGAACAUCUCUAUUCUUUCUUUGAAAAUCCAAAGUCUCAAGCAAUUCUUUACCUUCUAAUACUUUUUCUCUGAAACUUAAAUCUCACAACUAAAAACGAUUCUUUAACCACCUAUGAGAUCAACUAUCUCUGGUUUUCUUUGAAAACCCAGGUCUUAGACAAUUCUCACUCACCUAUGAAAUGAGACCAUUCUCACAUCUCAUCACGGCAGCGAACAGACUGAUCAAUCUUUUGGAAAUAUGCAAUUCACCCUCUCAAAUCUACCAAAUCCAGGCUCAACUCAUCGUCCAAAACCUCUACCCAGACACCGACAUUGCUUACCACUUCAUCACUGCUUGCCAAUCUCUGGGUCUCACUGACUCUGCCCAUCUUCUCUAUUCCCAAAUCCAGACACCCAAUGUCUUCAUUUGCAAUACCCUCAUCAAAGCCUUUUCUCACACCCAAUCCCCUCUCAAAUCAAUUUCUAUCUACACCCAAAUGCACAAGAACUCCAUUCUUCCAAACCACUACACCUUCCCGUUCGUUCUCAAGGCCUUCUCUGACCUACGCGACCUCAAACGAGGGCAGUGCGUCCAUAACCAGAUCAUAAAAAUGGGUCAUUUUAAUGAUAUUUAUGUUCAAAACUCUUUAUUGAAUGUGUACGCGUCGGGUGGGAAUAUGGACUUGUGCCGGAAAGUGUAUGAUGAAAUGCCUCAGAGAGAUGUGGUCUCAUGGACUGUUAUGAUUACUGGGUAUCGAGAAGCUGGGAAGUUUGAUGAUGCCCUAGUUGCUUUUGAGAAGAUGCAAUAUGCUGGUGUAGUGCCGAAUCAAGUGACUAUGGUGAAUGCUUUGUCAGCAUGCUCGAGUUUUGGGGCUAUUGACAUGGGUAUUUGGAUACAUGGUUUUAUAAAGAGGAGGGGCUGGGUAGUGGAUGUGAUUUUGGGAACUUCUUUGAUUGAUAUGUAUGGAAAAUGUGGGAGAAUUGAAGAGGGUUUGGCUGUUUUCCAAAGCAUGAAAGAAAAGAAUGUCUUUACAUGGAAUGCCCUUAUUAAAGGCCUAGCUUUAGCAAAGAGUGGGCAGGAGGCUGUUUGGUGGUUUUCUCGAAUGGUGCAAGAAGGGGUUAAGCCAGAUGAAGUAACUUUGAUUGGAGUUUUGUGUGCUUGUAGUCAUUCUGGAUUGGUACAAAUGGGACAACAAAUCUUUAGUACAAUACUUGAUGGAAUUUAUGGAUUUUCACCAGCGAUCAAGCAUUAUGCGUGUUUGGUUGAUCUGUUUGCGCGGUCUGGAUAUCUCGAAGAAGCUUUCAAGAUCAUAAAAGAAAUGCCCUUUGAGCCGACUAAACCAGUCUGGGGAGCUUUUCUAGCUGGUUGUAGAGCUCAUGGAAACCUAGAAUUGAGUGAGUUUGCAGCUUGGAAACUCAUAGAGUUGCAGCCAGAGAAUAGUAGUUAUUAUGUUGUGCUGUCUAAUCUUUAUGCAUUGAUGGGAAGAUGGGGUGAUGUGGAAAAGGUUAGGAUGCUGAUGAAAGAGAGGGGACUUAAGAAGAACUUGGGUUCUAGUUCAAUAGAGCUUCAACCUCAGGAUCAUGUUCAUGAGUUGUUAGCACAAUAAGUCUGUAGCAUUCACAUAUAGAGAGAGAAAAUUGGCAUGUAUGCAAUUCAGCUGUUUGAAUUCUUUCUUUGGAUAAAAUAAACUUAGCAGUAGCAAUUAGAGUUCA